AUGAAGACGCCCUUUGGUGAUGAUGCCUAUCGUUGGAAUCCAUCAUUCCAACAACUGCGACUCAUUCUUCGCAUCAUACGCCGCCUGGUCACUUCGGAUACUGUCUGUGCCCUUCACUUGGCGAGCCCACCAACAGCCACUGAGUCUGCUCAACCAGUAUCUGACAAUUUUGAUGUUCAGCGUGCGCUAGUCGAAUUACGAACGGAUGCCGCAUCCAGGUCUUUUGGCUCUGUAGUGAGGAUAAUCGACGAAAUAUUCUCGACAGUGGCUUUCGCAUCUCUAGCUAUCUCGGAAAAGCCGGUUUCACCUCAAAAGGAUGCAUAUUACAGGCGACAGCAGAAGACACUAGACAACCCUGCAGGCGGUGAAAAGCUUAAUCACCAUUUUAAACUCUUGACUCCAAAAAAUUCCUAA